GAUGUCACGCAAAGGAAAAAAAGAGCAAAGAAUCUUGGUGGAAAAUUGCAUUCCGGUUUUGUCUACGUGUUUUUCACAGCUUGGUGUCCGCGAAGCAAAAAAUAUAUUGGAUUUUCGGGUAAAAUACGGUCCGAUUGUGCGUUUUUGUGACAUUCUACGCAAUCCUCAUCAACCAGUUCAUCGUCGAAAGUCAUGUGCUAGUGGCGGUCGUCGGUCGCUAGUCGAAUAUUUCUGGGUUUUAGGUGAAGCGGCAGGAAGGUGUCCGUACUCUAAUCGAAGAUCAAAACAUGAAGUCCCCACUCGUCAUCAAUUCGCUGUGGUUUCUGCUGGUGGCCUGCCUGGUGUCGCUGGCUAAAUGCGAUGAGCACACUCAUACGUAUGAAGACCACGAAGAAGUGGUGCUCUGGAUGAACACCGUCGGACCGUACCACAACCGACAGGAAACCUAUGCGUACUUCUCGUUGCCGUUUUGUGUGGGAACAAAACAAACUAUCAGUCACUAUCACGAAACGAUGAGUGAAGCGCUGCAGGGAGUAGAACUGGAGUUUAGUGGGUAUGAGAUUGAUUUCAAAGACCCAAUUAGCCCGACUGAGAUUUGCAUGGUGGAACUAACCGAAAAGAAGCACAAAGCGUUUGUGUACGCAGUGAUGAACCAGUACUGGUACCAGAUGUACAUCGACGAUUUGCCCAUCUGGGGAGUGGUGGGCAAGGAAGACGACAAGAAGUAUUACAUUUACACGCACAAAAAGUUCGACAUUAGCUACAAUGGCAAACAGAUUGUGGACGUAACCUUGACGCCCGAAAAGAAAGAAUUGCUGAAGGUGGGCGCUAAGAUCAAAUUUACCUACGAGGUCAACUGGAAAUCUAGUAACGUCAAGUUUGAGGACCGUUUCGACAAGUAUCUGGAUCCAAACUUCUUCCAGCAUCGAAUCCAUUGGUUUAGUAUUUUCAACAGUUUCAUGAUGGUCAUCUUCCUUGUUGGAUUGGUGUCGAUGAUUUUGAUGCGCACGCUGAGGAAGGAUUAUGCCAGGUACAGCAAGGAUGAAGAAGCUGAUGAUAUGGAACGAGAUCUCGGUGAUGAAUACGGUUGGAAACAAAUUCACGGUGAUGUGUUCCGCCCGGCAUCGAAUGCCAUGUUGUUCUCCGCAAUGAUUGGAGCAGGGUACCAACUUACUUCGGUAGUUCUGUGUGUGAUUAGUUUUGCUAUUCUGGGAGAGCUAUAUACCGAACGUGGAUCAAUGCUUUCGACAACCAUCUUCGUGUACGCUGCAACCUCUCCCAUAAAUGGCUACUUUGGAGGUUCUCUGUAUGCUCGCAUGGGUGGCAAGCAGUGGAUCAAACAAAUGCUUCUAUCCGCGUUCAUCGUCCCGGCUCUUGUUUGCGGUACGGCAUUUUUCAUAAACUUCAUCGCCAUCUACUACCAUGCGUCGAGGGCGAUUCCAUUCGGAACUAUGGUUGCAGUCACAUGCAUUUGCAUCUUCGUGAUCCUCCCGUUGACGUUGAUAGGAACGAUUGUCGGUCGCAACCUGGAUGGUCAGCCAGACUACCCGUGUCGAGUGAACGCCGUUCCACGGCCCAUUCCAGAAAAGAAAUGGUUCAUGGAGCCGUUGGUGAUAAUUCUGCUGGGAGGAGUUUUACCUUUCGGAUCAAUCUUCAUUGAAAUGUACUUCAUCUUCACCUCGUUCUGGGCGUACAAGAUCUACUAUGUGUACGGUUUCAUGCUGUUGGUGUUCCUGAUUCUAAUUAUUGUGACCGUGUGCGUGACAAUCGUGUGCACGUACUUCCUGCUCAACGCUGAAGACUACCGAUGGCAGUGGACCAGUUUCAUGUCGGCGGCUUCAACGUCGAUUUACGUCUACAUCUAUUCGUUCUAUUAUUUCUUCUUCAAAACGAAAAUGUACGGCCUUUUCCAGACGGCGUUCUACUUCGGUUACAUGGCGCUGUUCUCCGGGGCGCUCGGCAUCAUCUGCGGUACGGUCGGCUACAUCGGCACGAACAUAUUCGUGCGGAAAAUUUAUUCCAAUGUAAAAAUUGACUAAUUUUAUUCCCGUGCAACUGUAAGCAAAGCAAACCCGGAUCCUCGAUUGAUUAGAUUUUUCUCCAUUAAUUAUUUGUUUUCUAUUUCCAAGUCUAUUUAGUAAUUGAUGAUUAAUUAUAUUAAUUACGUGUAUUAGCACCACUACAGCCAGUAGCAACUAAACGAUGGAAACAAACUGAUAGUAGAGCGCUAUUAGGUAAGGGAACCCCCACGCGAAUGUCACGAAACGCGAACAGAACAAGCCACAAAAUGCAAACGGAUCGAAUGAGGUUCCGACUAACGUUGACAUAACAAGCAAUGAUAAGAAAAAAUACUGUGUUUUAACUCUUAAGUUAUGUGUAAUGAAAAGUAACAAGCAGAACGAUCCUAGGGUUAUUAGGGUACUUCAUUUUUGCGUUAUGAUACAAGACUAUUAAGAAUCACUUUGAACUGAGAGGAUGUCAACCGCGCAUUCAUGUUAUAGUGAUAAUAAAAAAAGCACUGAGUACGGAACUUUGGAAAAGCUGCAGCAAAAAAAGAAGAUCCCGAUCCUGAAAGUGUGUAGUUAUUAUAUGAUUUACGAUGUAAGAGGGGAGAAGAAGGGGACGGAAGUACAUACAAGUAGGUAAAUUAUUGUAUUCUCAUGAAGGCUUCUUCUGUGUGUACUACAAACGAGCAGUUUUUAUUUGAGUAUGAAAUAGUGAAUCAAUAAACAACCAUUAAAAUAUCGAA